CGGAGCCAGCGGCGGCGGCGGCGGCGGCGGCGGCGGCGGCGGCGGCGCAGCGGGAGCGGAGCCGGCUGCACUCGGGGGCUGGCGCUCCGCAAUGAGACAGUAGCUGCAUCCCCGCGUGCGCUGCUGCAGGGUAACAUCUGGACUGGAAUCGAGGCCCCUCUGGUGCUUGGAUGUCCCUAAAUUCCUGGAUCAGCUUGUUGAAGACCGUAUUGCUGCUAGAAGCUUCUCGCACUCCUCAGGAUCUUUUCAGUAAGACUGACACUGCACAAGCUGAGAAUUUAGACGCUCUGAGCAAAACCCAUCAAGUCGUCUAUGAAAAUGGUGGCACUAUCCUUAAAGAUCUGUGUCCGUCACUGCAAUGUGGUGAAGACCAUGCAGUUUGAGCCAUCGACAGCCGUAUACGAUGCCUGUCGAGUCAUUCGGGAGCGAGUGCCCGAGGCGCAGACUGGACAAGCCUCUGACUAUGGGCUGUUUCUCUCUGAUGAAGACCCCAGGAAAGGGAUUUGGUUAGAAGCAGGGCGGACACUGGAUUACUACAUGCUGCGGAAUGGGGAUAUUUUGGAGUACAAGAAGAAACAGAGGCCUCAGAAAAUCCGGAUGUUGGAUGGCUCUGUGAAGACAGUGAUGGUGGAUGACUCGAAGACAGUUGGGGAGCUCCUGGUCACCAUCUGCAGCAGGAUAGGAAUAACAAAUUAUGAAGAAUAUUCUUUAAUCCAAGAAACGAUUGAAGAAAAGAAAGAGGAAGGGACGGGCACACUCAAAAAGGACAGGACGUUGUUACGAGACGAGAGGAAGAUGGAGAAGCUGAAGGCCAAGCUCCACACGGAUGACGACUUAAAUUGGCUAGAUCACAGCCGGACAUUCAGAGAGCAAGGAGUGGAUGAAAAUGAAACCUUGCUUCUUCGACGGAAGUUCUUUUACUCUGAUCAGAAUGUGGACUCAAGAGACCCGGUGCAAUUGAACUUGCUUUACGUCCAGGCUCGGGAUGACAUCCUGAAUGGCUCUCACCCUGUCUCCUUUGAGAAGGCAUGUGAGUUUGGUGGAUUUCAAGCCCAGAUACAGUUUGGACCUCACGUGGAGCAUAAACACAAGCCUGGAUUCUUAGAUCUAAAGGAAUUCCUACCGAAAGAAUACAUCAAGCAGAGAGGGGCUGAGAAGCGGAUAUUUCAGGAACAUAAAAACUGUGGAGAGAUGAGUGAAAUAGAAGCCAAGGUCAAGUAUGUCAAACUCGCCCGGUCCCUCCGGACAUAUGGAGUGUCCUUUUUCCUGGUGAAGGAGAAAAUGAAAGGCAAGAACAAGCUGGUCCCCCGCCUCCUGGGCAUCACCAAGGAUUCUGUCAUGCGUGUGGAUGAGAAGACCAAGGAAGUGCUUCAGGAGUGGCCGCUCACCACAGUCAAGCGCUGGGCAGCUUCACCCAAGAGCUUCACCCUGGAUUUUGGAGAGUACCAGGAAAGCUACUAUUCAGUACAAACCACAGAGGGAGAGCAAAUAUCCCAGCUGAUUGCAGGAUACAUUGACAUCAUCCUCAAAAAGAAACAAAGCAAAGAUAGAUUUGGACUGGAAGGGGAUGAGGAGUCAACCAUGUUGGAAGAGUCAGUGUCCCCAAAAAAGUCUACCAUCUUGCAGCAGCAGUUCAACCGGACUGGGAAGGCAGAGCACGGCUCAGUAGCACUGCCGGCUGUCAUGCGCUCUGGCUCCAGCGGGCCUGAGACGUUCAAUGUUGGUAGCAUGCCCUCACCGCAGCAGCAGGUCAUGGUUGGACAGAUGCACCGAGGACACAUGCCUCCACUGACUUCAGCGCAGCAAGCCCUUAUGGGGACCAUCAACACAAGCAUGCAUGCUGUCCAGCAGGCUCAGGAUGACCUCAGCGAGCUGGACUCACUGCCACCUCUCGGACAAGACAUGGCAUCUAGGGUAUGGGUUCAGAACAAAGUGGAUGAAUCCAAACAUGAAAUCCACUCUCAAGUUGAUGCUAUCACAGCUGGGACAGCUUCAGUUGUCAACCUCACGGCUGGUGACCCCGCUGAUACUGACUACACAGCCGUGGGCUGUGCAAUCACUACAAUCUCUUCCAACCUGACCGAAAUGUCCAAGGGUGUGAAGCUGCUGGCGGCCCUCAUGGACGAUGAUGUGGGCAGUGGGGAGGACCUUCUCAGAGCUGCCAGGACCCUCGCCGGAGCUGUGUCUGAUUUGCUGAAGGCCGUGCAGCCUACUUCUGGAGAGCCUCGACAGACUGUUUUGACUGCUGCGGGGAGCAUCGGCCAAGCCAGUGGCGAUCUCCUGAGACAGAUCGGAGAGAACGAGACGGAUGAGCGAUUCCAAGAUGUUUUAAUGAGUCUGGCUAAAGCUGUUGCCAAUGCGGCUGCCAUGUUGGUGCUCAAGGCGAAGAAUGUGGCCCAGGUGGCUGAAGACACCGUCCUACAGAACAGAGUGAUCGCUGCAGCCACCCAGUGUGCUCUUUCCACCUCCCAGCUUGUGGCGUGUGCCAAGGUCGUGAGCCCCACCAUCAGCUCUCCUGUGUGUCAGGAGCAACUGAUAGAGGCCGGGAAGCUGGUGGACCGCUCUGUGGAAAACUGUGUCCGUGCCUGCCAGGCAGCCACUGGCGACAGUGAGCUCCUGAAGCAGGUCAGCGCGGCGGCCAGCGUGGUCAGCCAGGCCCUGCACGACCUCCUGCAGCAUGUGCGGCAGUUUGCCAGCCGCGGCGAGCCCAUCGGCCGUUACGACCAGGCCACCGACACCAUCAUGUGCGUCACCGAGAGCAUCUUCAGUUCCAUGGGUGAUGCUGGUGAGAUGGUGCGCCAGGCCCGGGUGCUGGCCCAGGCCACGUCCGAUCUUGUCAAUGCCAUGAGGUCAGAUGCGGAGGCUGAGAUCGACAUGGAGAAUUCCAAGAAGCUCCUUGCAGCUGCAAAGCUCUUGGCUGACUCCACGGCCCGCAUGGUGGAAGCUGCAAAGGGGGCUGCAGCCAACCCAGAGAAUGAAGACCAGCAACAAAGGCUGAGAGAAGCUGCCGAAGGUCUCCGAGUAGCCACCAAUGCUGCUGCCCAGAAUGCUAUUAAGAAAAAAAUUGUCAACCGGCUGGAGGUUGCAGCCAAGCAGGCUGCAGCUGCUGCCACGCAGACCAUCGCAGCCUCCCAGAAUGCAGCUGUCUCCAACAAGAACCCCUCAGCCCAGCAGCAACUGGUCCAGAGCUGCAAGGCAGUGGCCGAUCACAUCCCUCAGCUCGUGCAGGGGGUGAGAGGGAGCCAAGCUCAAGCAGAAGACCUCAGCGCUCAGCUGGCCCUUAUCAUCUCCAGCCAGAACUUCCUGCAGCCUGGAAGCAAGAUGGUAUCCUCUGCCAAGGCAGCGGUCCCCACUGUGAGUGACCAGGCUGCGGCCAUGCAGCUGAGUCAGUGUGCGAAGAACCUGGCUACCAGCCUUGCCGAGCUGCGCACCGCCUCGCAGAAGGCCCAUGAAGCCUGUGGUCCCAUGGAAAUCGAUUCUGCGCUAAACACAGUGCAGACUCUCAAGAAUGAGCUGCAGGAUGCCAAGAUGGCCGCUGCAGAAGGUCAACUGAAGCCACUUCCAGGAGAAACGCUAGAGAAGUGUGCUCAGGACCUGGGAAGCACCUCUAAGGGAGUGGGCUCCUCCAUGGCACAGCUCCUCACCUGCGCUGCUCAGGGCAACGAGCACUAUACAGGAGUGGCAGCUAGAGAAACAGCCCAAGCUCUGAAAACAUUGGCCCAGGCUGCCCGGGGAGUGGCUGCAUCCACAAAUGACCCCGAGGCUGCUCAUGCCAUGUUAGAUUCUGCUCGGGAUGUGAUGGAGGGCUCGGCCAUGCUCAUCCAAGAAGCCAAGCAGGCCUUAAUUGCACCUGGAGAUACAGAAAGUCAGCAGAGGCUAGCCCAGGUGGCCAAAGCUGUGUCUCACUCCUUGAAUAACUGUGUGAAUUGCCUCCCUGGCCAGAAGGAUGUGGAUGUGGCCUUGAAGAGCAUCGGGGAGUCCAGCAAGAAGCUGCUUGUAGAUUCGCUACCUCCAAGCACAAAGCCUUUCCAGGAAGCCCAGAGUGAGCUGAACCAGGCUGCUGCUGAUCUGAACCAGUCUGCUGGGGAAGUCGUCCACGCCACGAGGGGCCAGAGUGGAGAGCUGGCGGCCGCUUCUGGAAAGUUCAGUGAUGACUUCGAUGAGUUCCUGGAUGCUGGCAUUGAGAUGGCUGGCCAGGCGCAGACGAAAGAAGAUCAGAUGCAAGUGAUAGGGAACCUUAAGAAUAUCUCUAUGGCGUCCAGCAAGCUGCUCUUAGCCGCCAAGUCUCUCUCUGUAGAUCCUGGAGCUCCCAACGCAAAAAAUCUUCUGGCUGCAGCUGCAAGAGCUGUCACAGAGAGCAUCAAUCAGCUCAUCAUGUUGUGUACCCAGCAGGCCCCGGGGCAGAAGGAGUGUGACAACGCCCUGCGGGAGCUUGAGACUGUCAAGGGGAUGCUGGAAAACCCCAAUGAACCUGUGAGUGACCUCUCUUACUUCGACUGCAUUGAGAGUGUGAUGGAAAACUCCAAGGUUCUGGGCGAGUCAAUGGCAGGGAUUUCACAGAAUGCCAAGACUGGGGACCUCCCUGCCUUUGGGGAAUGUGUGGGGAUCGCAUCCAAGGCUCUCUGUGGCCUGACCGAGGCCGCGGCCCAGGCUGCAUACCUGGUUGGCAUCUCUGAUCCAAACAGCCAGGCAGGCCACCAAGGCCUGGUGGACCCCAUCCAGUUUGCCAGGGCUAACCAGGCGAUCCAGAUGGCAUGCCAGAACCUGGUGGACCCUGGCAGCAGCCCAUCGCAGGUUCUGUCGGCUGCCACCAUUGUGGCCAAGCACACCUCAGCCUUAUGCAACGCCUGCCGCAUCGCCUCAUCCAAGACGGCCAACCCUGUGGCCAAGAGGCACUUUGUGCAGUCAGCCAAGGAGGUCGCCAACAGCACCGCCAACCUGGUCAAGACCAUCAAGGCCCUGGAUGGGGAUUUCUCUGAAGACAACCGCAAUAAGUGUCGGAUUGCUACCACACCCUUGAUCGAAGCUGUGGAGAACCUGACUGCCUUUGCAUCAAACCCUGAGUUUGUCAGCAUUCCUGCUCAGAUCAGCUCUGAGGGCUCCCAGGCACAGGAACCAAUCUUGGUCUCAGCCAAGACCAUGCUGGAGAGCUCAUCAUACCUCAUCCGCACUGCACGCUCUCUGGCCAUCAAUCCCAAAGAUCCGCCCACCUGGUCUGUGUUGGCUGGACAUUCCCACACCGUGUCGGACUCCAUUAAGAGUCUCAUCACAUCUAUCAGGGACAAGGCCCCUGGGCAGAGGGAGUGUGACUACUCCAUCGAUGGCAUCAACCGCUGCAUCAGGGACAUUGAGCAGGCCUCCCUGGCAGCAGUCAGCCAGAGCCUGGCCACAAGGGACGACAUCUCUGUGGAGGCCCUGCAGGAGCAGCUGACCUCGGUGGUCCAGGAAAUCGGGCAUCUUAUUGAUCCCAUUGCCACAGCAGCUCGAGGGGAAGCCGCCCAGCUGGGACACAAGGUGACACAGCUGGCAGGCUACUUUGAGCCCUUGAUCUUAGCUGCAGUCGGUGUCGCCUCCAAGAUGCUGGACCAUCAACAGCAGAUGACAGUGCUGGACCAGACCAAGACCCUCGCAGAGUCCGCCCUGCAGAUGCUGUAUGCAGCCAAAGAAGGUGGAGGAAACCCCAAGGCACAGCACACCCACGAUGCCAUCACGGAGGCUGCACAGCUGAUGAAGGAAGCUGUGGAUGACAUUAUGGUGACACUGAAUGAAGCUGCCAGUGAAGUGGGACUGGUGGGUGGCAUGGUGGAUGCCAUCGCAGAGGCCAUGAGCAAGCUGGAUGAAGGCACACCUCCAGAACCAAAGGGAACAUUUGUUGACUACCAGACAACCGUGGUUAAAUACUCCAAAGCUAUUGCCGUCACGGCUCAGGAAAUGAUGACUAAGUCGGUUACUAACCCGGAGGAGCUGGGAGGCCUGGCUUCACAAAUGACCAGUGACUAUGGGCACCUGGCUCUCCAGGGCCAGAUGGCAGCAGCCACCGCCGAACCAGAGGAGAUCGGAUUCCAGAUUCGCACACGUGUGCAGGACCUGGGUCAUGGCUGUAUCUUCCUGGUGCAGAAGGCGGGGGCCCUCCAGGUGUGCCCCACAGACAGCUACACCAAGAGGGAGCUGAUCGAGUGUGCCCGUUCCGUCACUGAGAAGGUGUCCUUGGUGCUGUCCGCUCUCCAGGCCGGGAACAAGGGGACCCAAGCCUGCAUCACGGCUGCGACUGCUGUGUCUGGGAUCAUCGCCGACCUGGAUACCACCAUCAUGUUCGCGACGGCAGGGACGCUGAAUGCAGAGAAUGGCGAGACCUUUGCAGAUCACAGGGAGAACAUUCUGAAGACAGCCAAGGCCUUGGUGGAAGACACGAAGCUGCUGGUGUCAGGGGCCGCCUCCACUCCAGACAAGCUGGCCCAGGCAGCUCAGUCCUCGGCAGCGACCAUCACCCAGCUUGCCGAGGUGGUCAAGCUGGGGGCUGCCAGCCUGGGUUCCAAUGACCCUGAGACCCAGGUGGUCCUGAUAAAUGCCAUCAAAGACGUGGCCAAGGCCCUUUCUGAUCUCAUUGGUGCUACCAAGGGAGCUGCCAGCAAGCCAGCCGAUGACCCCUCCAUGUACCAGCUCAAAGGAGCCGCCAAGGUGAUGGUGACCAACGUCACCUCUCUUCUGAAGACAGUGAAGGCAGUGGAAGAUGAGGCCACCCGGGGCACAAGGGCGCUCGAGGCUACCAUCGAGUACAUAAAGCAGGAACUCACGGUAUUCCAGUCAAAAGACAUACCUGAGAAGACAUCAUCACCCGAAGAAUCAAUAAGAAUGACGAAAGGCAUCACCAUGGCAACAGCCAAAGCCGUGGCAGCUGGGAAUUCAUGUAGACAGGAGGACGUGAUUGCAACCGCCAAUCUGAGCAGGAAGGCUGUCUCAGAUAUGUUGACAGCUUGCAAGCAAGCAUCCUUCUAUCCUGAUGUCAGUGAAGAGGUACGAACUAGAGCCUUGCGGUAUGGCACAGAAUGCACCCUGGGCUACCUGGACCUUCUGGAACACGUCUUGGUGAUCCUUCAAAAGCCGACCCCAGAACUCAAGCAUCAGCUGGCUGCUUUCUCCAAGAGAGUUGCUGGAGCUGUCACGGAGCUCAUCCAGGCAGCGGAAGCCAUGAAAGGAACAGAGUGGGUGGAUCCGGAAGACCCAACCGUCAUUGCGGAAACAGAGUUACUGGGAGCUGCGGCGUCCAUUGAAGCUGCCGCCAAGAAGUUAGAGCAGCUGAAGCCGAGAGCAAAACCAAAGCAAGCAGACGAGACCCUGGAUUUUGAAGAACAGAUCUUAGAAGCUGCUAAGUCCAUUGCUGCUGCCACAAGUGCCCUGGUCAAAUCAGCCUCAGCAGCCCAAAGGGAGCUGGUGGCCCAAGGCAAGGUGGGCUCCAUCCCUGCCAACGCUGCUGAUGAUGGACAGUGGUCACAGGGGCUGAUCUCUGCUGCCCGGAUGGUGGCGGCAGCAACCAGCAGUCUCUGUGAGGCAGCCAAUGCCUCUGUUCAGGGACAUGCCAGCGAGGAAAAGCUCAUCUCAUCUGCUAAGCAGGUCGCAGCUUCGACCGCUCAGCUGCUGGUGGCCUGCAAGGUGAAGGCCGACCAGGAUUCAGAGGCCAUGAAGCGGCUACAGGUAAUGGUCACUGAUGCUGGUGGGAAAAUACUCCUGUUGGAGCGGGCAGCAGGAAAUGCUGUGAAAAGAGCCUCAGACAAUCUUGUCCGUGCAGCCCAGAAGGCAGCCUUCGGCAAAGCUGAUGAUGAUGAUGUUGUUGUGAAAACCAAGUUUGUGGGAGGCAUUGCUCAGAUCAUCGCAGCCCAGGAAGAGAUGCUCAAGAAAGAGCGAGAGCUGGAGGAAGCCAGGAAGAAGCUGGCCCAGAUCCGCCAGCAGCAGUAUAAGUUCCUACCUACGGAGCUGAGGGAAGAUGAGGGCUAAUGCCUGCCCAUGAUGGCGAGCCCCGGGAGGUGGCGCCCCUCCCCCCCAACAAGAACUGGACAGCGCAGUGUUCCCAAGGGCCAGGUACUUCCUGGAAACUGCUGGCCCUCCACCUGGAGUUUCUUUCUCACUUCUCGGUCCUGUUACCAUCGGCUGCAUGAUCAUGAUCUCACACGGUACAGUGUCCCACCCACAGCUCCUCCAGCUCCCCUCAUGCCUCGCUUUAUCUCAGGAGAGAGGGGCGCACAUUUCAUGGACUGUUACCAAAAAGAGAAAAGUCAGUAUUAUGUCAUUCUCAGACACGCUAGUCUUUGUCCUACAAGACUGCUCCAGGGCCUCUUUGUGACAUCAUACUAGGAAAAGAACAACAACAACAAUAAUAAUAAUGGCUCACGGGCAUCAUCUGUAUCGUCGACACAGCUACUCUCUCUCUAGAGAGAAGGCAGAAGCUGCCGUUGGACACUGUUAGUAAAGCCAGAAACACUCCCUGGUGGACUCUGGGGUCUAGAGUCACAGAGGUCCUUGUAAGUUUGGAGCACUGAUUUGCCCACGGGGGUGAAGAACCUCUGCCCCAUUUGCACGCUUUUCUUGCCUCAGUGUGUAAGCUCCUUGUACAAUCUACAUCCAUCUUGUAUUCUGUGGCCCAGAAAAAUGGAAGUUAUUAUUUUUGUUUUCCUCCCCCAAAGGGCAGAGUUGUGGAAAGUGGUCAGGGUUAGGUGGGCAGGGGCCAGAAUAAAAUCCUGGGCUCCUUAACUCUGCAAGGCUGUUUCGGUUCAUGCAAAUGAACACACUCAAACUGUGUCCCUGAUGGUCCUCAGUGCAGCGCCCCCUAGAGGAAAGAGUCAGGCGGGACUUAGGCAGGAAUGAGGAGUCUCCCACCCUCAAGCCCCAUUAUCAGAUUCUGUGCUCUUAGGAGGGUCCAAGUUCAAGACGGAAAGCUGGCUGUUUAGAACUGUCACUGGUCUUCCAGCCCAAGAUGGUAUUUCCUACCCUGUAUCUUAAUAUUCCCAAAAUCUGAAAGGACCUUCUAGUCAACAUGGACCUCUGUGAUAGCAUUGCUUAUUGUCACAUGGGUGUUUUCACAGUACGUCAUUUGGGUGCUGCACCUCCGGUCCUUCAGAUUUCUUCUCCUCAUGCCUUUCCUUUUCAGGGCCCUCUUCUGGAACGAACGUCAUAGAUCCCUGAGUUUACAUUUGCUCUGAACCUCUACCUAAGAUAAUGGAUGAAGGAUGAACGGCCUGUGGCCAAGGGCCCAAUACCAAGCACCAGUAUAUUUGAAUGAAUUCACAAAGGGAAAAUAAGAGUUAGUAGAGCAUGCUGGGGCUGUAGCUCAGCUCGGUGUGGUGGCACAUGUCUCUAAUCCCAGCACUGGGGAGAUGAAGGCAGGAGAAUCAAAAGUUCAAGAUUAUCCUUGGCUACAGAGUAAGCUAGAGAUCAGCUUUAGCUACAUGAGACCCUGUCUCCAAAAGGGGGAAAAAGAUAAUAGAGGCAUAUGGUUUUCAAGACUGAAGGCUGCUGAAGGCAGGCCUUCCCCUCAUUAGUGAGAUGAUGCCAGAACCAGAUUGUGAGUUGCACUCACCACUUAGAUCCAGAUUUCUACCAAAGAGGAAAUACUGGUACUCUGGUCGGAAAGAAAAGAAAAGAGUCGACCUUCAACCCUGCCAGAAGAGUCUUCUGUGCUACAGUUUUAAAAUAGGAUUAAAUUCUGACAGUUUCCCAGAUGUAUAGAGACGUAUAAGUGCCUCACAAAGGGAUUCUUCUCAGACAGGUAGAAGGCUAUACAAAGUGUGGUGUGAGUGGAAAGCAAAUGAAGAACACAUGGAGGGAAUGAGGGUGUGUAGGCAUCCAGUCCAAUAGAGGAGGCAUGCUGCAGAGCCCUGGAUGCUCACGGGAAAGCGGAUGGUCUUGCUCACCAUCUUUGAUUCUUCAUGUCUAUGCUGGGUACUUUCCAAACGAUUAAGUCAGACCCCAAAGUUCAUGAUUAAGAUGGGAUAAUGUCCUCACGUAGUGGGACAGGAGGCCUUCCUGCAGCCAGCUCACCCUCUGUCCUGUAGGUAUGCUUCCGGGCAGCUGCUCCUCAUCCCUCUUACACCUGUCCCUUGUCACAUUGGACUUUCCAGGGGCAGGGCAGGAACAGACAGUGAGUUCUCUGUCCUUGCCCCAGGGUUGUUAAAAAACCUUCACAGAAGUGGAUAUGGGAGAAAAAUCCCUAACAAAUGCAAAGGGCUGCCCUUUGCAUCUGUAAGGAGUUUCAGGGGAAUGGGAGUCUGCCCUCCUGUCUGGAGAGUGGCGCACCCCUAGGAACUUUAGGGGGAGGUGGUUCCCAGACAUCACCUGCCAUGGUCCCAUGUCUCACCUGUCCCUUGCUUGCCCAUGCUGCAUCCGUGUGUGCCAAUGUCCUUGUGGCUGGCCGGGCCUCUCCUCGUUUCAUAAAAUGGAUGAAAUACUGAACUAUGGACAUUACUUAAUAAAUGCUGCUGGUGGUGUCCCCAGAGGCACUGAGGGACUUGUGACUCCUAACGGAGAAAGAAUGCAGAUGCAGUGAGUUGCAUCUUGGAGUAGUUUCAAGGCAAAAGUGGCCCAAGGCCUGGAGCAUGAAAUAUAUCCCUCUGUGAGAGGGGAACUAGGUAUGCAGAUGGGUGCUCUCCUACCUCUAUCCCGGAAGGGAAGGGAAGCUGAUGUUGGGUUUGGAAUCCUUAGACCAGUCUUUCUGUCUAGAAUUUCCAUUUUUGAUGAUCAAAGGGGAGAUGUGCCUGGUGGCUGGGAAAUUGCAUCUAGCUCGUUUCUGCCUUUCAGAAGUCUUUGGAUCAGGAUGCAAUAGCCAUGUUCGGUCAGACAGCCCUGGGCAACGCUUCCAUUGGCCAGUUGGGGGUGGUCUUGGAAGUCAUCAUAAACAGAUACUUCAGACCUGGCCAGUCUGCCAGUUGUCACUGUGGUUUUCAGAGGCAGCUGCCCAGGCUUCCAUCUGUGCCCAGCCUUUCAGGGCUAAGCCACCGGCAGAUCUGCUGGCAUAUACUCUUAAUCCAGAAAAGCCCCUAAGCUUCUCGUCAGACUCAUCUGCUUGUCUUCUGCAUACUCUGCCAGCUGGUGAGAGUGCGGCCAACUGAAACCAACCCCUGGUUUGUUGAAAACAGCAUAACCAGGUGUGGUGGCAUACAUUUUUUACAUUUUACAGUCCCAGCACUUGGGAGGUGGAGGCAGGAGGAUCACAAGUUUAAGGUCAGCCUGGGCUGGGUAGCCAGAUCCUGUCUCAGAAAACCAAAGGCUAGUGGGUGUAGCUUAGUGUUAGAAUGCUUGCCUAGUAAGUGCAAGGCCCUGGGUUUGUUCCCAGCAACACACGAAGUAUAGCCAAAAUAUACCGCCUCCUAAAAGAAUGUAUUUAAUCCCCCCUCCUCAGUGACUCCAGAACCAAAACCUUAUGAAGGAACCAGGGCAGAGGUGGUAAGACAUGCUCUCUGUUCCCCCUCUUUCCUCACUGGCAAGUGGUCCCCAAAAUCACCCUGAGCUCUGGGCUAUAGCAGCACCUCUGGGCCUUACGGCUGAAGAUCCCAGCACAGAUUAUCUGUGUGCUCUGCUCAAACCCCCUGUGACUGAGGGACAGAUACUUGUAAGAGAUUCAGGAAAUGCAAGGAACAGGAAGGAAACAUCCACUUUCAGGCUGAGAGGCCAUAGUUCCCAGAGUCCUGAAAGCCAGAGGUCUUGGGGGCUGUGCUGGUGGCUCAGGUCUUACCGCUCCGCCCAUAGGGUCAGCAGCCUCUGCUAGAGAAAGCAUCCUCUGCAAAUCCCCGACACUACUGUUCCAUUGCUCUGACAUGUGCUUGGUGUGUUGAGGUUGGUCAUUGGGAAUGAGCAUGAAGACAGACCUUCUGUUAGUCUGCAAAGACCAUGAAGAGCUAAUGUUUUUCUGUGGACCAGGCUAGGUUCUAUCUGGUCUUCCCUGGAACCCAGCUCCCUGCCUACCAGGGAGCAACAGCAUGCAACCCCCUCUGCAGCCAUGUCCACCAGAAGACAGGAAAGAGAAGCUCUGCCCUUGUCAUAAUGUUUAAUCACAUAAAUUAAUUUAUCUAAUCACAUAAAUUAUUUUUUUUAUUCAUCAGAAAUAAACUUUUAAAGGAA